AAAACAACCGUUAUCUCCUUUUCAAAAAUAUAUAAAUAGGAAAAAGCAUGCAAGUAUAUUUUAAAACUUAAUAAUGGGGUUAUACGUAAAACCGAUUGUAAUUUUUUUUUUAAUUAUUGGAAUACAUAGUAUUUCUGAGGAAAAGUUUGAUGAAUUUGCUGAAUAUAUGCGAAAUAAGAUUAAUAACGCCGAUAAUGGCCAUUUGGCUACUGAUUCUUAUUCUUUCAAGCCAUUAAACAAUAAACCGCCAAAGGAUUUUGGAACUUUUGAUUUUAUAAUUGUCGGAGCUGGAGCAACGGGAUCAGUGAUAGCUAACAGACUUUCAGAAAAAAAAUGUUGGAAAAUAUUGCUUCUAGAAGCUGGAGGGUAUCCCAGUCGUUUUACAGACAUGCCUGUAAAUUCAAUCCGAUCUAGAUUAACCAAGUAUAACUGGGGUUAUCUAAGUGAACCGCAAAAAUAUUCUUGUUUGGGUAGUCGAAAUGAGCAAUGCAUGUAUGCCAGAGGUCAAGGUUUGGGUGGAACAACUCUUAUAAACGGUCUUGUGUACUCCCGAGGUCAUCCAUUGGACUUUGACCGAUGGGCAGCCAUGGGAAACCCUGGUUGGUCGUAUAAGGACGUUUUACCACUAUUUAAAAAAUCUGAAGGGUUAUUAAAAAACAAUCCGGCAGCGGUGGUGGACUGGGAAUAUCAUAAUUCUGCAGGCCCAAUGCAUGUGGAGUACAUUCCCACGUCUGAUCCCCAGUUAAAUGCAUGGUUUGAAGCUCAAAAAACUUUAAAGUAUAAUUCUACUGAUACAAAUAGCCCCAAGCAAGUUGGAUUUACUCAUAAACCAUCGUGUACUAGAAGUGGAAAGCGGCAAGACGAUGCUACUGCAUUUAUUUUACCAAUUUUAACACGAACAAACUUAUUUGUGCAAACUAAUGCUUUGGUAACAAAGAUAAUAAUUGACGAAAAUCAAAUAAGCGCCAAAGGGGUCGAGUUUUCUUAUAAUCGUACAAUUUAUCGCGCUUUUGCAAAAAAGGAAGUCAUAGUUUCAAGUGGGGCUAUAAAUACCCCACAGCUUCUGAUGCUUUCUGGUAUAGGACCAAAAGACCAUUUAAAAGAAAAGUGUAUUAAACUUGUUAAAGACUUACCAGUUGGUGAAACGCUAAGAGAACAUUCCGCAUUUUGGGGAUUAGUAUUUAGUACUAAUUAUACAGAACCAAUAAAACCUUUCAAGGAGUAUAUCCGAGAAUAUUUAAAUGGAGUUGGGCCAUUCACUAUAGCAGAUGGAUUAAGGGGAAUAUCUUUUUUUAAUACAAAGUACGAACCAAAUCCUGAAUACCCGGAUGUUGAGGUAAUUUACUUUGCUGGUAAUUGUACUUCUGCUUCCGCUAUAAACACCUUUCACUUGAAGGAGGAAACAUAUAAUGCAACGUUUUCUACUCUUGAGCCCGCAAAAUGUUUUCAAGCGGCACCAGUUGCCCUCCAUGCCCAAUCGGUAGGUUACAUAAAAUUAAAAACCAAUAGUCCGUAUGAUUUUCCCUUAAUUAACCCAAACCACUUAUCGGAUAAGGACCAUAAAGACAUAGACACCCUUUAUGAGUCGAUUCAAUUAAUUUUAAAACUAACCGAGACGGACGCAAUGAAAAAAGUGGAUGCAAAAUUAGGCGCAAAUCCCCUGCCAGCCUGCAAACAACAUGAAUUUCUCAGCAAGGAUUAUUGGUAUUGUGCGCUUGGUCAAUUGACUAUGAACAUGUACCAUCCAGUGGGAAGUUGUCCAAUGGGCCCAGAUGCAAAAAAAGCAGUUGUUAACCAUGAGCUAAAGGUGUAUGGAGUUAAAAAGCUAAGAGUUGCAGAUGCCAGUGUUUUCCCGUUAACCCUUGCUGGACAUCCCAACGCCCCUUGUGUUAUGAUUGGCGAAAAACUUGCUGAGUUAUUAAAAAGAGAUUAUAGUUUUUAAAAUUAAUAAUUUAAAAUUUCGAUUUUUUUUUAUCUAUUCCUUGACAUACCAAAUUGUUGAUCAUUGUUAACGCUUAUAGCGUCCAUUGUACUAAAACAGCGCAGAAAUACAUAUCACCGCUGUUUUUAAAUGUAAGGCCUUUAGAACUCACAUUAUUAACACUGCUAAUCAUUAAUGAUUAAUAAAACAGUUCAACACGAUUUUUCUCCCAUGGGAGGAAAAUCGUGUUGAACUGUUUUAUUAAAUGUUUCAUGCAUGAAACAUUUUAACAG